AUGGCUUUGAUACAUUCCAAAUUUGACUUUUUGAAUAAACCUUGGUGGAGACCAGAUUAUGACGACCGCGUUCCUCAGUAUUUCAUCUUAAAUACCAAUCGUCUCCAACAAACCAUAUUAUUAUCUAUUAAUAACGAGGAUGAACUUCUUUGGAAGGGUUUCAUGGACCUUCAUCGCGAACGUUAUUUAAUCGAAUGCAUUUCAGCGGAAGGCGAUAUAGACAUCGAUGUUAUAAAACAGCUGUUAAAGAAAUCAUGGUUUAAAAUUUUUCUGAAAUACGUUUGCAGAAUAGUUUUUCCAAGAAUAAUUUUUAGACCUAUUUUACGCUUGACUAGUUAUAUUUGCAGAAUAACGUUUGGCAACAAAAUCCAUAAAAUAAUUUUUGGCCCUUCUCGUUCUUCACACCUAGCUAAAAAAGUCCAAAAUCUUUAUGAUACCAUUAACGGCAUUUUCCCGUCCACCUUCUUUCCUAACCUUCCAAUAGAUCGUUUUACGCCAUUGCUCACAAAGCAGUUGCAUCAACAAAUUGGCAACGGGAUGAUUGACAAUGCGG